CACACGUUUAAACGAUGGCGACCGUGUCCAUCACAAACUUCGUCACUUGCCGCGCGCCCGUCGCCGGCGCCAAGGCCGCGCGCGCCUCCAACGGCGCCGCGGUUCGCGCCCCGGUCGCCGUGGCCUCCCCCAACGGUGUCUCCCUCGGAGGGGCUCGCCAGGGUUCCCUCGCGGGUCGCGUCGGCGCUCGCGCCGCGGUUUCCGCGCGCUCGGCUCGCCGCGUCGCGCUCGCCGCCGCCGCCGCCGAGACCAAGGAGGCCGCGCCCACCGCCGAGGUGGAGGAGCCCGCCCUCGAGUCUGACGCUGGCGUCGACUACACCGCCCUCCGCGACCUUCUCAAGGCUGGUGAGUGGGAGGAGGCUGAUAACGAACAUCGCCGUUUGAUGUGCGUGCUCGCGGGCGAGGACGCCGAGGACCGCGGCUGGGUCUACUUCACCGAGGUGAAGCAGUUCCCGGUGAAGGACCUCAAGACCAUCGACAACCUCUGGACGUUCUACUCCGACGGCAAGUUCGGUUUCUCCGUGCAGCGCAAGAUCUGGAUCGGCAAGAAGCGCCAGUGGGCGAAGUUCUUCAAGGAGAUCGACUGGGUCCAGGGCGAGAACAACGCGUACCGCAAGUGGCCCGAGGAGUUCAUCUGGAAGAAGGAGGCGAAGAAGGGUCACAUGCCCCUCACCAACGCGCUCAGGGGUACUCAGCUCCUCAACGCGCUGCUGGAGCACCCCGCGUUCGCGCCCCCGGCCAAGCCCAAGUCCGCGGCGGACCAGGCAGCCGAAGCCAUGGAGCAGAUGGGCGAUAACCUCAAGAAGGCUAUGGGCGGCGGCGUGCCCGGUCUCAAGGGCCUCAAGAAGCCCUCUUGGAUGAAGUAAGGGACGCGGCGCACAACUGUAACACAUAGGAUAACCUGGGAAGGGUCGACGGGUCGCGGACCACGGCCUGUUUAAAUUCAUAUUAACGUUCUCAUUCA